UCAGCAGUUGUUCUGCUGAAUGCAACCAAUAUUUUGAAUGAUAGUGCGCUCUUUGUUAGAUCUUGACUCACGGUGAUGACAUCACAAAAAAUUUCGCGCGCGAAAUCUUAUCGCAGAUCAUUUCUUGUCAGCAUCCGACAUUCAUCGAGUUCAAGAAUCGUUAUCACUGCAAUUUUAGUAUCAAGUUCGAAAUCGUCUUCACAUUUUUUCUUUAUUUUCCCGCCAAACAUCUAAAAUACGUGUACAUCAUCGUAACCAGUUGCUGCUUCUAAUCAAGCCAACAAAAGCUUCAUCAACGGUAUCAUGGCUCACUCACAUCAAAGCAGACAUUUUGACAGCAAGCUUCUUGGUGACAAUAUCCAGAGUACUUCUCGAUUCCCAGAUAAUGUAAACCUGGUAUACUUCGAUUUGGAGACAUCGGGACUCGAAAAAACAGCGGACAUUCUGCAGAUUGCUGCAAAGUGCGGAAAACGCAGAUUUUGCAAAUACGUGAAUCCUACUCAGUUAAUUAUGCCUAGGAAUACAAUCAGCGGCUUUAAAAAUGUGGACGGAACGUUAUUUUUGAAUAACAAAAGAGUUUUGUCCUCUCUUUUGCAGAAAGUACUAUGUGCGUUCAAAAGAUGGUUAGCUGCAUUAAAGCCGUGUAUUCUUGUUGCGCACAAUGGGCUAAGAUUUGACUUUCCUCUCUUAUUCCGUGCUUUGAAAAAAAAAUUGAUGAUAGAGGAUUUCGAAAAGCUCAUCGUUGGAUUUGCAGAUACUCUUAUCAUUCUUAGAAAAAUUUAUCCUGAGAGAAAAGGUCCAGAAAUGUUCAAACUUUCAACUCUUGCCCAAGAGUUGGAAAUAAAACUGAUUGGAAAUUAUCAUAAUGCAGCAUACGAUGUAAAAAUACUGGAAAAAAUCGCUUCGAAAAUUAUUUUUACUACUAAGGAGACUACUAAGAAGAUUUUGGCUCAGAACAUGAAAUCUUUCACGAAAUUACUUGCCCAUGAAACUCGACUGCAAAAGGCAGCAGUAUUGAGACCGUCUUUGAACUUUUUAGAAGGUGUUAUCUCCAAGGGGAUGAUAAAGAAACUAACAAAUGCGAAUAUUAAUCGUAUGAAAUUACAAGCUAUUUAUAAAAAAAGUGGAAGAGAAGGUGUAGUUAAAUUUUUGUCGGCUAAACAAAAAGAUAAUAAACCUCGUGUUACCAACAAGAAAGAAAUCUUAGAAAAGAUUGUAGACAUGUUAAAACCAAAAUAAUAGUAUAAUUAUAAAACAAAGAAAAAGAUAAUAACACAAUAAAAUUAAAAUAUGUUAGCAAGGCUCUAAUGAUAAAAUCAGAAAAAAAAAUGAAAAGAAAGGCUAAUUGGAGUCCAGACGCGGUUCUUAAAGCGUAAAAAACAAGGUUAAAUUUCAUAAAAUGUACAUUAAUAAUAUAUUAUAUAUCCAUUCAUACGUUUCGACCCACUUCGGGUCCUUCUCAAUGAUGACAUAUAAAAUUAAAAGAAACUAACUAAAAAACGCAAGUACAUGGCAACGAUUCGAGGCAAAUCAAUACAAAGAUAAAACGCAACGCGAAAAAGUUAAUUUAAUCCUUAGAGCGCUUAUAAUGUAAAAACCUAGUUGUCGAUAAAGCAAAUGAUUAAUUAGCAUAGAUCGGAUGCUCACACCAAUCACCACGUAUAUAUUAUACUUUCCCUUCAAAAACUGCAAUAAUUCAAUAUGCAACAAAGUCGCUAGAGCAAAUGGAUGUCGGUUGUUCUCAUUCUUCGUUGGCAAAAGUCAAAAGAGAGAUGACGAAAAAAAGACAAAGUGGAGGACUGAUAGCCUCGAUGCGAACGUAAAGUUUCAGGUGUUGUAGGAAAGAUGAGAAUUAAUGUGUGAACAUGAAAAUAAAAUUACAAAAGGAAAAUAAUGACUGCAUCAAAGGAGGAAACCAUAAAACUAUGAGUAUAAAAAAAUACUUACAACAAUUGGAAGCGUUAACAAUUCUGAAUAAAUAAA